AUGCAACCACCACAGGACCUAGGGCCCCUAGGCAUAGCCUUUUUGCCACGAGAGAUCUUCUGGAUGAUCUUAAACCAGCUUCCGCCCAAUGAUAUCGUCCGUUGUCGCCGUGUCUCCCGGUCGUGGAAUGAUGCGUUUUCAAACCCCGACAACCUGGUCCCGCUCUUGAAGCAGCUCUUCCCAAGGGCAAAAGGGGUGAGGGAACCUCUUCGUGAGGGCUUAUUUGAUGAACUGGCGGCAUGCGAUGACCCCGGUAGAUGGCGCAAGCUCUUUGACCAGGUAGCCGCCAGGUAUGACCAUCUCAGUCGCGGCAAGCCGUGGUCCGUCCAAAAAUACAAACUCUGUGAUGAGUUUGGAGUCACGGGCGAAAGGGAGUGGUUCCAGGUGCAGCCCUGGGAUAAUCAUGCCAGUCACUUGAUGCAGCGUGUGGACUGCCCCUUCUCGGAGUCAUUCUGGACGUACGAAGAUGGCCUUCUGGUCUAUCCCAGCGCUGAUUUCUCGUGUCUAGUUCUCAUGGACUUGGAAAGCGAUAGGAAGUUUAUGGUGCCGUUCAUAGUCACAGGAAAGGUGAUUCGACGCAUCAGGCUGCAGAAGAGAGUACUCGUGGUCGAAUGGGCUGAACCGAAAGCAUUCCAUUGGCUGAAUGAUAGCGACGGGGUGCAUCGUCACUUUGCAUCGUCCUUGGAUGUGAGCUGGGCCGAUAACGGCUGGCGAAUCACCUUUCGAAAUGAGUGGAAGAUCAUGUUUCUCGGACACCCUUUGAGCGAGAGAGAUCGGUUUUAUUCCUCCCACAGCCAGACACACUACGUCAUCUAUAUUUGGCAGCCCAAUCGCAGUUUAUACACCGCUGACGAGGAUGCUCCCAUCGAGUCACUGUCGGUGUGGGACAUCUCCAAACCAUCUGACUACCGACCUUCCCUAGACCCGACAGGUCGUGGUCGCGAGGACGCACAAGACCCGGGUCCCUCUAUUAUAACACGCCUGGGGUUCAGAGAAUUGGGAUUCUAUUCAGUCCGACAGCGCGGUCUCCCAGGAGUCCAGUGCCUGCACAUUACGGACGACGAUCGAUCGAUCGAGAUCGUCCAGAAUUUCUGCACGGGCCCGAUCGACCGUCUUGUCGGUCCUGCUGAGUGGGUAUCUCAGGUGCAGGUCACCAGCAUCCCAUUGAUCGGUGACGGGCCAUGCUGGCGACGAUUCGCUGACGUAGCGCUUCCUCCCUACCGUGGAAAUGGGAGCUUGCAGACAAACCCUCUUAGCUUUGCCAUUUGCAACGAGCCUUGGUAUACCAUCGUCUCCGAAGCAUAUGACUCUGAAGCUGGAGUUGGCUUUUGUCUUCAUCUGUCCCCCGCUUCCUGGCCGUUCGACCUCAACACGUCCCUCAGUAUCCGGACACCUUUCUCGGCCAUCACCCUCAAGCAGGAAGAUAUAUAUGAGCUGACAAAUAAGGGAAUGAUAUACGGGAACGAGAGAUAUUUGGUUGGCGAGAAUGGAAACCGUGAACUAGUGAUUUACAGGUUCGACAGGCAGUGA